UACCAAGCCUGCAAGACCGGCAUCAUGGACCAGGCUCUCUCCAUCUACUUCCUGCUGGGAUGGCUGGGUGGAGACCUCCUCAAUCUCAUCGGUUCUUUCCUUGCGAAUCAGCUGCCCCUGCAGAUCUACACGGCCAUUUACUACGUGCUGGCAGACCUGGUCAUGCUGUUUCUGUACUGCUACUACAAAGCCAAGAACCGAAGCAGAGGAUUCGGGGCUCCCAUCAACGCUGCCUUCGUCUUCGUUUUCCUGGGAACGGUGUCGACCGUGUCGCUGCUGGGCAGAGACCCCGACGUGUUCCGAGGAAGGGCCCGCCUGGCCCCCAGCGUGCAGGAGGCCGGGGACACGCCAUUCUCCAGGAAUGAAAUCAUCGGCUUCGUCAUUGGCUCCAUCUCCUCUGUGCUCUACUUGUGCUCCCGACUCCCCCCGAUUUACACUAAUUACAAGAGGAAAUCGACUGCCGGGGUCUCGUACUCGCUCUUUGCCCUGGUGAUGCUGGGGAACACGCUGUACGGCGUGAGCGUGCUCCUCAAGAACCCGGAGCCGGGGCAGAGCCAGAGCGACUACCUCCUGCACCACCUGCCCUGGCUCGUGGGCAGCCUGGGCGUCCUCUCCCUUGACCUCAUCAUUUCCUUCCAGUUCCUUGCUUACCGGGGAGGAAAGCCCGGUGCUCCAGAGGAAAGGGAUGCACUUCUCGGUGAGCAGGACGAGCCCUUCGACAGCUGAC